AUGGGGAAUUCUAAUGGCACCAUUGUGAAAACCAUUCAGAGUGCAAAUGGAGGGAACGCCAUAUCAAUGAAUCCAACUAUUGGAGCUUCACGCCAUUGGAGAGAUGUCUUCUGGUUAGGAAUCUUUGUUUUACAUCUAAUUUUAGUAGGUUUCUCUCUUGGGAUACUUGGACUCAACAGAUUCAGAAAGAAAGAUAGGCUUAACAUCGAUCAAUACACAAACAGGUUUCUUGAAAAUCAAACCGGUUUAACAGAAGAUUACUGGCCACUCUACGCCAUUUCUGGUGCAAUCGGUACAUUUAUCGGAUGGAUUUGGUUGUUAUUACUUGGUUCACGUCCAAAUCAAAUGAUGAAAUUCUCUGUUCAUAUAUUAACCACAUACCUCGCAGUUGUUAGCGUCUUGUGUUUUUGGGGGAAACUAGUCUUCUGGGGUAUCACUUUUGCUAUUGGAUCUGGAUUACACUUCUUAUACAUCAUAUCAGUCAUAGACAGGAACAUUAAAUGCCCUUUAAGACUAGAACGUCGCCUGUUCCACCUAUGGACUUUUGGUAUAUCUAUAAUGAGGUGGAAAACACUCUCUAAGGUAGAUGGAUGGUCGGAAGUUCUCCGAUGUGGAGAGAGGACUCAUGGAGGAGCAAUAACAAUGUUUGUCACAAACUUACCGGAGGGAAUAAGGAAAGAGGAGUUAUGGAAACUAUUCACAAACCAUGGAGCAAUUAGCGACAUAUACCUUGCAAGGAAAAAGGAUUCGAGUGGGAGAUGGUUCGCCUUCGUCAAAUUCUCUGGUGUCAAGAACGAGACAGAGAUGUAA